AUGUCGCGUGCGAAAUUUAUUUACACCGGAGCGGCUGACGAGAUGUCGCGUGAGGAAUUUAUUUACACCGGAGCGGCUGACGAGAUGUCGCGUGAGGAAUUUAUUUACAACGAACGGGUGACGAGAUGUCGCGAAUUUAUUUACACCGGAACGGCUGACGAGAUGUCGCGUGAGGAAUUUAUUUACACCGGAGCGGCUGACGAGAUGUCGCACUGGGCAACUCCUGUCUAUCUAUCUAUCUAUCUAUCUAUCUAUCUAUCUAUCUAUCUAUUAUUCAAAUUUCUCCUUCUUUCUUUCUUUCGAUUUAUCUAUUUUACUCAUUUAUUUAAUUAUUUUCAUCCAUAUCUAUCUCAUUCUUCUGUUCAUAUCUAUCAAUUUUACCCUGUUCAUAUCUAUCUCAUUCUGUUUAUAUCUAUCUAUCUCUUUUUUUAUAUAUAUAUAUACAUCUAUCUAUCUCCGUCUGUUCAUAUGUAUCUAUCUCUCUAUUUUACUCUAUUACCUCAUUCUGAUCAUAUCUAUUUCUCAAUCUGUUUAUCGCUAUCUAUCUAUCUAUCUAUCUAUAUAUAUAUAUAUAUAUAUAUAUCUCUAUAUAUAUAUCUCUCACUCUGUUCUAUAUCUAUCUAUCUAUCUAUCUAUCUAUCUAUCUAUCUAACCAUUAUCUAUACAGCUGUCGGAUUUUAUUAUUCUAUUAUCUCCAGGUUCUUUUCGUGUUUCCAUCAAUUUUGUUUUUGCUUUGCCACUGAGCAUCACUUAUUUUCUUCGAGGAAUUUUUUUGUUUUGUUUUUUUUGUCCCGUGCUUCACUUCCAUACGAAGUUUUUCUUUGGGUUCUAUACCUCGUCGUGAAGGGUUCUAUCUCUCUUUCUCUUUUCUCAUCUAUCUAUCUUAUUCUGUUCAUCUCUCUCUCUCUCUCUAUCCAUUUGUUCAAAUCUAUCUUAUUCUGUUUAUCUCUCUCUAUUCAGUUUGUUCAUAUCUAUCUAUCUAUCUAUCUAUCUAUCUAUCUAUCUAUCUAG